AUGCGAGAGGUGCAGUCCCACGACGAAUCUCGGCUGCGUACCCAUUCAGUGCAAUCACACCGCGGCGACAGGGACAGGGUCAGACUCCUCGUACGUCCCCCCGUACGUGCCGUGCAGGGCCGCGUCCAUGUGCAGACGACAGGCAAGGAAGGACCCGGAUCGAGCAGGACGAGCCUUGCCCACGACAUUGCCCACGACAUUGCCCACGACAUCGCCCACGACACCACCUUCAUAAAUACCCCAACACCUGCACGACGGCCAUCGCCACCGGGCCCUGACGAGUCCUCGCGUCCGCCGCCGACCCUCGACAUGGCACCGUCGACCCGUUCGAGAUGCCCGAGGGCCGGCACCUCCAACGGCGUCACCGACGACCUCAAGCGCUGGGAUGGCAUGAGGCGGACGUGCGACGAGUGGAACGGCUUCCAGCGGGAUGACGAUCUCUGGAUUCCCUCGGGCAACUGCUUCGUCUACCUCGACCGCCGAGGCCGGCCCGCCAAGGGACCGUCCUUCAAGGUGCCCCUGUCGACGCUGCUGGCGAGGAGGUGCUUCCCCUUCAUCCGCCGCUUCCUCUCCACCAGCGGCCACCACCCGCGCACCGUCGAGGAGAUGACGAGGUGGUAUCGGCUCGGGCCGCGACGCAACGUCGAGCUCUACGUGCCCGUCCCCAACACGGCGACAAAGGCCCAGUCUCUCGCCUACCACGUCGCCAUCCGCAACUACAUCGCCUGGGCCGUCGGCAAGCCCGUCGUCGGCGCCCACCUCGGCUCGGCCCUCGUCGCCUUGCUCCGCAGCCUCUACGAAUUCCGAAACGAGGCCAAGCUCGACGUCGACGCCGGCGCCGCCGAGGAGGGCGGAGACGACGACAACGACGACGACGACGACCCCGUCCAGCAGCUGCUGGCCUACCUCAAGGACGGCGGCUUCCUCUGCCUCACCGACGAACCCAACCAGGCGCUGGCCCUCCUCUACCUGGCCGAGUCCUUUCAGCUCGGCGAUCUGUACACGCAAGCCUUUGCCCACUGCGUCGGCAUGAGCCGACGACUGCGCGAGAGUCCCGAGUACCAUAUCGUGAGCGACACUUCGAAACGGCUCAUCGACGAGGCACGGGCCCAUCUCGAUCGACGACUGGCCCGGACCUCGGCCAUGCUCGUCAACUUUCUCGCCCGCGAGCUCUCCGAGGCCCAUCUCGGCAUGCCCUCGGGCGUUCGCUCCCACCUCGAGUGGUUCCGACGGUUCCUGAAAUCCUUCUACACGGAAAAGUUUGGAUUCUACCCGCCCCUCGAAUUCGACGCCGUCGUCUGCCGCACCAUGACAAACGACUUCGACGCCCUGCACGACCUGCUCGUCGACGAGAGGCACACGUCCUCCCGGGGCAUGCCCUGGGCCGCCGCCGGCGGUCUCUGCACGCUCCAGCUGCUGCAGGAUUUUGACCGCCAAAACGACUUUCCCGCCUCCCACCACCCGCUUCCGCUGCUCCCCGAGCUCCCCGUCGCCGGCGUCAACGGUCGGCGCGGCCCGAAGAUUGCCUCGUGGCUGCCGCUGGGCCGCCGGGGCAAGGCGAAGGCGAGGGCCGAGCAGCGGAGGAUCGAGCACGCGGCCCUCGUCAGGGCCUCCAACGCGACGGCGGAAGGGGGCGCGUUGCCGAGAAGCGACCUCGUCUCGGCGUACCGCCGCUUCGAGGAGGCCUCGGUCGCGGCGACGCCCUCGACCUUGGAGCCCGGGAGGAUCGAUUCCGGCGAGAGGGUCUCCCUCGAGGACGCUCGCAAGGUCCGUUGGAUCUUGGUCUACGCCGUCCGCCAGGCGCUCCGCCAGGCGACGGAACUCGCGCCGGGCGUCACCGACGACGAGGAUGCGCCCUACCUCCUGACGGCCACGGCCGACGGCCUGCCUCCCUGGCGGCGAGCCCGCUCGGACGAGGGCGAGGCUGCGCCCGAGACGGGUGACGGUUCGGCCCCUCUCGAGCUCGACGCCCCGCUCGAGAUCAAGCCCGACAUCGACUACUUUGCCCUGACGCACAGGGAGCCGACGCCCAAGGUCCGACGGCCACGUUCGGCCCCGCAGGUUGCCGAGCUGGCGAAGCAAGCGCCCCGGCCGCUCUCGCGAUCCAACUCCUUCGGCCGCGUGCUGAACCGCAGCGUUUCCCUCCGCAGGUCCGUCCGUCGCCUGAGGCGGGCGACGCUGCCUCCCGGUGCCAUCCUCGUGCCCUCGACGCCCGACCUCUCGCGGCAAUCGUCUCGCGAUGAGAUCGUCGUCGGCGGCUACGGCAACGGCACCAACUGCGUCACCUCCCCCGCGCUCGACUCGCCGCGCUCGCCCCAGUGGGCCACCCGAAGCAGCUCGACGGGAUCCAACUCGAGCGCGAGCACGACCUCGCGGCUGGGCAGCGCCGCGAGCCCGACGGACACCCUCGCUUCGUCGGUCGACCUGCCGAGCCCGACGUUUAGCCUCGUGUCCCCGAUGGAGGCGUCGUCGCCCGAAGCACCCCCGAAGCGCCGCCAUCGAUGGAGCGCCCAGUACGUCACGACGCCAUCCUCGCCCAGCAAGGCGACGUUUGCGAGGCGACGGCCGAUGAGCGUCGCCAUGGACGGCCUCGGCUUCCACCAUGCCAAGUCGCUCGGCCAGCUGGAGAGGCGGACGACGACGUCGUCGGUGGGCGUCGUGCCGGACCCGAAGCGCCGAUACAUGCUGUCGCGGACGCGGUCGUCUCCCAUCGUGCUGCCGCCGGCGAAGAAGGCGCCGGCGGCGGGUCGGGGGGAGCCGCUGUGCGCCGUGCGGUCGAGCGACUCCUGGGACUGGAACGUCAUGCAGGCCUUCCUGGACGGCACCAACUCCGAGGCCGAGGUGCUGGAGCAGUACGCCGAGCUUGGCGGCCUGACCGACAUGGGGUGA